UGCCAGGGCCUGGCUGGGCGUCGUGGUCUCCUGAGAUGGAGGAAAAGGAGCAAUUACGGCGACAGAUCCGUCUCUUGCAGGGUCUGAUCGAUGACUAUAAAAACCUUCACGGCAGUGCCCUGGCCCGGGGCGCCCCCAUGCCCACCUCCCGGUGGCAGCCGCCUGCAUACCACUGUGGCCGAUCUUUCAGUGUCUCCUACCCUCGGCCCAGCCGCAGGGGCUUUGCGCCACCCCAGGGCCCCGAGUGGCGGAAGAAGUACUCCUUAGUGAACCGGCCUCCGGGAUCCACGGACCUGACUGGUGACGGCACUGCACAGCUUGCCCUCAGGGCUGGGCCCAGCAUGGUGUCCAGCCCACAGCCCUGCGUCCUCCAGAGGCAGGUUCGGCUCAGCCCAGGUCAGAACAUGGUCAUCAGAGUCACACCUCCAGCAAGGCCCGGCCUGGCCAUUGUCAUGGGAGCCCAGCAGGGUCCUUUGGAAGAACGUGACGGCACUCCCUGGAGUGACCAGAGACCCCAAGAGGGCCAGGGCGAGCCCUCUGGCACCAAGCUGCAGCCCUCAAGGGCAGGCAGAGUCAAGGACCGUGGCAGCGGUGGUGGGGUUGCGAAGGAGUCCCUGCUGGUGUGCCAGAAGGAGCCAGGCAGGCCCCGGGCCGUGAGGUCUGUCAGCAGGGUGAGCAGGAGCCCACCAGGCCCCCGGCGGACAGUCAGCGAGGGCGCCAUCGCUGUCAAGGCGCGAGCCCCACCUGCUCAGCCUCCGCGCAGCGCGGGGGCCCCUGGCCGGAAGAUGGGCUUGCACCCUGUAGCCACCUGUGCCGCCCAGCUCCUUGUGGACAGCAGGGCAGAUGCUGGCCACCCAGAUCAGCCUUCCCCUUUGGUGGCUGGCCCAGGGCCCCGGCAGGCCCCAGAGGCCUCGAAGUUUCCAUCCUGUCGGACCAGCAGGUUCCGGAAGAACAACUACAAAUGGGUGGCUACCGCUGCCAAGAGUCCCCGGGCUGCGCGGCACACCCUGAGCCCCAGAGUGGCCGCAGAUAACUCAGCUCGGGCCCCUGUGGGCGGGGCAGGGAGGCUGGCAAAGCCGCAGCUGAAAGCUGAGCCGGACGUCAAGACCAGGAAAGCCACUCCAUCUCCCAUGGCUGGCAGCAAGUACAAGUGGAAAGCCGCAGCCAGCCCCUCGGCUGCUGCCCCCUUCCACUGGCAACCAGAGGCCGGCUCCCGAGACCACCCUGCCCCGCUCUCCCCAGUUCUUUCCCCAUCAUUUCCUGAGGAUAGUGCAGCGGCGGCAGCAGGAGCGGGUCCCAGUGGCUCAGAGCCACUUUUCAGGGACCCCUCGCUCUCGGGGUACAAAGUGCAGAGCCGUACCAAGAUCAUCCGGCGACGGAGCGGGGGCAGCCUGCCUGGGGACAAGAAGAGCAGCCCCCCUGCCACUUCUGCUGCAACAAAGAGCCGCUUCAGCCUCCGGCGCAGACCACCCCCCCGGGGAAAGAGCAGCCCCGCUGCUCUGAAGAGGAUGCCCAACAGGGGCCUGCUGCAGGUGUCCAGGCACCGGCUGUGCCGCCUGCCUGCGGCCCGGACCCCUGCCCCCACAAAGGAAGCCUGCCCGCAUCCCUUGCGCACCCCCCCCACCAGCAAAGUGAUCAAGACACGGUACCGCAUCGUCAAGAGGAGCCUGGCUUCCCUGCCCAGCCCCCAGUCUUCCCCCCACUGGCGUGCCCGGCGCCUCUCGCCCAGGUCCCUGGUGCUGAAUCGCCUGCGCCCAGCAAGCACCGGGGCGGGGAAAGCCCCACCCAGCACGCCCCAGUGGCGGAACAAGGGCUACCGGUGCAUCGGAGGGGUCCUCUACCGGGUGUCGGCUAACAAGCUCUCCAGGACCUCGGGCCUCCGUGCAGGCCGCUGGGAGCCAGCCAGCAGCUCCAGCCGCUCCCUGGCCAGCAGGGCCGUGCAGCGCAGCCUGGCCAUCCUCCGCCAGGCCCGGCAGAAGAGGAGGGAGCCUCGGGCAGAGUACUGCACCUACUACAACCGCUUUGGUCGCUGCAGCCGCGGGGAGCAUUGUCCCUACAUCCAUGACCCUGAGAAGGUCGCUGUGUGCACCAGGUUCCUCCGGGGCACCUGCAAGAAGACAGAUGGGACCUGCCCCUUCUCCCACCACGUCUCCAAAGACAAGAUGCCAGUGUGCUCCUAUUUCCUGAAGGGGAUCUGCAGCAACAGCAACUGUCCGUAUAGCCACGUCUACGUAUCCCGCAAGGCCGAGGUCUGCAAGGACUUCCUCCAGGGCUACUGCCCACUGGGCAGUAAGUGCAAGAAGAAGCACACACUGCUCUGCCCGGACUUCGCCCGACGCGGCGUCUGCCCCCGUGGCGCCCAGUGCCAGUUGCUCCACCGGAGCCGGAAGCGCACCAGCAGACGCAGCCCCUCGGCCUCCGUGCCCAGUGAAGCGUCCCUCAGGGGCAGGGUCCUUGUCGGUCACGGGCCCAGGAAGCCCGCAGCUGCCCAGCGUACCAGCAGGCUGCCUCCCGGUUCCCUGACCCCCAGGGCCCCGGAGCCCCUGGGCUCAGCUGAGGCCGGCUUUGCCCCCGUGGACUCUGAGGUGGCCUGUGCCCAGGAGCCAGCGUCGGCCAGAGCAGCCCCCAGGCUGCCCUCCUUCAUCGCACUGGGGAGUUCCCCUAGCCCAUCCCGUGCCCAGGGGAGCCCCCCCAGCAAGGACUCAGGGAGAUCCCUGCACAUCAAGCCCCGUCUGUGAGGCCUGGAGCUGCCCCGCCUCGUCCUGGAUGAAGGAAGCCUCCCAGCCACCCACUGAGCCCAGCAGCAGGGCAGGACUGGGCUCCCUGCCUCCUGGACCUGCUCACACCAGCUCCUCCUGCCUCUCCCCUCUGCCUCCUGACCCAGUGUUCACCGGCCCCCUUUCCUCCAGCCGGAGGGCCACUGUACUGGCUUAACCCGGCCUGACAGACAGGAUCUCUCCCCAGAAGAGGCCCCAGCCACUGGCAUCACUUGUCUUCAGCAAUAAAGGUGGGUCCCUAUCUGAGCCUCUCCUGACUGCUGCUCAGAGGGACCCUCAAAGACCA